AUGGUUGCCAACGGUAGCAGCUCCCAGUUGCUUCCACCACAGCAGAGCUCAUCUUCCCCCACAGCAGAGUUCAUCUUCCACCACAGCAGAGUUCAUCUUCCACCACAGCAAAGUUCAUCUUCCACCACAGCAGAGCUCAUCUUCCACCACAGCAGAGCUCAUCUUCCCCCACAGCAGAGCUCAUCUUCCACCACAGUAGAGCUCAUCUUCCCCCACAGCAGAGUUCAUCUUCCACCACAGCAGAGCUCAUCUUCCACCACAGCAGAGUUCAUCUUCCACCACAGCAGAGUUCAUCUUCAACCACAGCAGAGCUCAUCUUCCCCCACAGCAGAGCUCAUCUUCCACCACAGCAGAACUCAUCUUCCACCACAGCAGAGCUCAUCUUCCACCACAGCAGAGCUCAUCUUCCCCACAGCAGAGCUCAUCUUCCCCACAGCAGAGCUCAUCUUCCCCACAGCAGAGCUCAUCUUCCCCCACAGCAGAGCUCAUCUUCCCCCACAGCAGAGCUCAUCUUCCCCCACAGCAGAGCUCAUCUUCCUCCACAGCAGAGCUCAUCUUCCUCCACAGCAGAGCUCAUCUUCCCCCACAGCAGAGCUCAUCUUCCUCCACAGCAGAGCUCAUCUUCCUCCACAGCAGAGCUCAUCUUCCCCCACAGCAGAGCUCAUCUUCCCCCACAGCAGAGCUCAUCUUCCUCCACAGCAGAGCUCAUCUUCCUCCACAGCAGAGCUCAUCUUCCCCCACAGCAGAGCUCAUCUUCCCCCACAGCAGAGCUCAUCUUCACCCACAGCAGAGCUCAUCUUCCACCACAGCAGAGCUCAAGUUUAA